UAUAAAUGUCAGUAUUGAUAAAAAUGAAAGUAGACUGAUUGUUUGCAAUUUUAAUCAAGAUGACCUCGCCCUCGAAAAGCACAGUUUUGAUUGAUUUAAGUGGCACUAUUCAUGUUGAGGACAAGGAGAUUAAUGGGUCGAUUUCAGCUCUAGAAAAAUUACGAAAAUCUAAGAUCAAUAUCAAAUUCGUUACAAACACGACGAAAGAAUCGAAGCGAAUACUACUGCAAAGAUUGACAGGUAUUGGAUUUUCUAUCAGUGAAGACGAGAUUUUUACUUCUUUGACAGCGGCGCACGACACAUUGAAAGCUCGAGAACUGAGGCCAUUUCUACUCAUUGACAACAAAGCAUUAGAGGACUUUAUGGAUUUGCAUGAAGAGAAUCCGAAUUGUGUUGUCGUUGGUCUUGCACCAGACAAGUUUAGUUAUAAAUUUAUGAAUGAAGCAUUUAAAUUAUUGCUCACAGGUGCCCCGCUAAUCGCUGUGCAUAAAUCAAGAUAUUUUAAAACUAAAACCGGAUUGGCCUUGGGACCGGGCCCGUUUAUAUCCGGAUUAGAAUACUCUUCUGGAAUCAAGGCGGAAAUCAUAGGAAAACCAUCUGCGGAGUUUUUCAAAUCGGCUGUCAAAGAAUUCAAAAGUGAACCCAAAGAUUGUUACAUGGUAGGUGAUGAUGUCAGAGAUGACAUUGGUGGUUCUCAAGCCAUUGGAAUGAAAGGAUUACUUGUCCGCUCGGGCAAGUACAGGCCAGGCGAUGAAAACAAAAUUGAGCCCCCUCCUUACAAUGUUGUAAAUAAUUUUUCUGAGGCUGUAGAAAUCAUUUUGGCAGAAUUGAAAGAAGCCUCGUUAUAGCUCCUCUUUUUGUAAGGAACGUAUCUAAAGAGGUAAAGAAUAGAGACUAUAGAUUUAUUGUGGGGGACAUGAAAACAAGAUGUAACGAUCAUUAAUGGCGCAGGUAUAGUUUAUAAUAGAAUACAUAUUUUUGUUUCCAACAAACUUACUGCUACUUGCCACUAGUAUUAUUUUUAGACGAAGUUGUUGGCAGAAAAAUAUAUGUUGGAGCCGCAAAAAAAUCACCAAAACUUAAAUCUGGAAGUUCCCAUUAUUAGUAUAGACGCGACAGUCUUAAUAUUUAGAAUGCAGGGUCUUAUUUAUC